UUCACCUUCACUCCUUCCUCAGCCCUCACUUCACCAAAAUUAAUGCCUUGUCGCGAGCCGCAGCAGAACUGUGCUCGAGAACUAGCCCCUCUUCUUGCGUGGAUAUGUGGCAUAGCAGUUGCCUUGGCCCUUCGUCACGGAUGCUAUGGAGACAGGCAAAUGGCGGUAGGCCCAAAUUCAUCCAGAAUGGUCAAGGCCAGCUCUGUUUUCGUGGAUGAAGUUCGAGUGGAAGAUGAGAAACAAAAGGGAAUGUUGUUUUAUGGGUUCGUCAAACCACCAGAGCUAAGUGUGGACAGGAACUGGACUAUACUGAAACAUCUCUUUGUAGACUCUUAUAGUCAUGAGGGAGUUUCUUUAUGGUUGAAUGAAGGUUCUGUGAUUUGGAUGGAAUGGGAAGUAGUGCCUCAUGAUGGGGGGAACUACAAAGACAUGCUCAUGGUUGUACUGAAGGGAGAGCAGAAUGUGAAGGAGUUGGAAAGGUUUCACAGGAUGUUCAGUUUUAGUAUGAGCGACGUCGCAGAUGGCACUAGGAAAGCGGAGUAUAGAGUUAUUGAAGAUAAUAGCUACUAUAUUGGCAUUUUAAACUUGAGUCCAUGGUACAUGGUAACCAAAUUAAAGAUUGAUGUGUCAUCCAAAAUGUAUGAUACAAGUGAAGCGGCAAGCAUUUGUUCAACUGACGGCGGCAUCUGCAAGUUGAUGUGA